CACAACACGAAACGUCAGCUUCCUCCGAGCAAGAAACACUCUUUCUGCCAAAUAACUAACUCCCAAAUGUCACAAAAGAUAUAAUAUCGAUGAUGCGCACAUCAUCUACCUUUCUCCAAAUGGAAAAAUGUAAUCCUACCUCUUCUUUCCCGAAUCCCUCUAAUCAGCGACACUCUCAAAACCCUACAAUAACUAAUUAUACAAUAACUAAUUAUACAAUAACUAAUCUUAGGAACAUACCUUCUGUAUAUUCAUCUACUCCUACAUCAGCUGCACACGUAGAAAUGCUCUCCAAACAAUCUCAAUCACCCCAAACCACACACACACACACACACGCGCGCGCGCAUCGCAGCCUUCGGAUAUCCCUCGGCCCACCAACGCUUUCUAAGCAAGCCGCUUGCCCCCUCUUGGGUGCCACACUCCCCUCCCGCCAUCACGUCUUCGAAAGAGAGGCGUCACACAUGAUUCCUCCUAUGGCCCUCGUGCCAGAGAGAAGUGUGCGUUUGCGCGGCUGGGGGAGGGGGAAAAGCACGAAUGCCGCGAUGUGCGGCUUGCCAUGGCUUUAGACUGUGCGGACCGAUAUUCGGAUGGCAUACUUAGGGUGUACACUUCAUAUGUAUGCUAGAAAAAGAUACAGACUUAGUCACCACCUCCCUUACCCUCUGCUAAAGAUAGCGCACAACCAUUUUCCUAAACACUAUGUACUAUCUUUUUCGCGCGAUUAGUGGUUUGCGGGGUAAUUCCGCGGGGGAGAGCUGUAUUUAGAGCUGACAAACAGGUACCUUUUUUUCGCUUUGCUGACGGGAAUGGGGAAC